UGUCGUGUCAAAUGCGAGCAACUCUCCAAAGCACGAGAGGUCAGCUAUGCUCAUACUGUCUGCCCAAAAUAAACUGUGGAGCCUAUUUUCCUCGUCAGUAGUGUACCGGAGGAUGAAGUGCGUGUCCGUACUUUUCUUCGAUUCUAGAUAGGCCAGUGCGGCUGCCGCAUCACUAGGACAUAGCCUUUCAUUGCGAUCUCGAGUGCUGAAAUUCAUCCCAUCUUUUAUUGUGUACCCAACUUUGUCAUGUCCUCCAGCAUUAUGCACAACAAGCUUUAUGAUUUGAGAAUGUUUCAUACCUGCAUUCUUCUUAAAUCUAAAGUCUGUCUUGUCAGCCUCUGUUAACCCUCGUUGUGAUCUCAGGUGAUGAGUACACUGCCGAUUAAUUGGCAUAUGAUUGUGAUCUUCUUUAAAUAUAUCCACUAUCCAUUUUGAAUCAUUCUUGUUAAAUGCCACACGCAUUUUUUCUUUACAACCAAAUCUGGUCUCCAUGGGGGAGUCUCUUUUUCUCCCCUUUGUUGGGGGCUCUAUGUCCCUCACAAGAACAAACGAAAGCUCCAGUAGUAACCUCUCCCUUGCUGUUCCGAACUUUCUUUGAGCGCCUAACAGAGAAUCCCCAAGCCCUUGCAUAAUCAUUGUAGAAGUUGUAAGCUUCUUCGAAGUCAUUAAAUAUCUGGCCGAUUUUAGGAGGAUCUAAAAUCACAUCUUCCAUCCCAGUCGUUUCUCCAUUCAGAAUGCCAUUGUCGGUUUCUCCUGUUUCCUCUAAACUCUCAAGGUCAUCUUCGAUGGGACUGUUACGAGGAUGUUCUUCUUCUUCCAUCGAUAUAAUGGCUGCAAACUUCUUUGGUUUAGGGUCUCGGUAGGGUGGGAUACUGACUGUAGGUGGUUUGGUAGGGUUGGAGGCGGCUAAACGUGUAUGUACGUACAAGAAUUAUGCCCAGCCUGCUGCUGGAAACCUAUUUUUACCCCUCUGUUGUUUUGUCUAUGUUAAGAAUGAUUAUUUUAGUAUUUUUGGUAGCGUAACCUUCCACUUCAAUUAAUUAUCCAAUGCUGCCAUGUGUAAAUUGAUUCAUUUAUUUUUUAUUUAUUCAACUCUCUCCUUACCGAUCUUCUUCCUCCCAAAACCUUCCAUCUUCAUCCUUCUGUGUUCUGUACAGAGGAAAAAAUGGGAAUAUACCCUAUUUCCCUUCCUCUGGAAUUUCCCCGCCUUUAAACAAAACUUGCACAUGAAAAGAUGACACACAUGAUACAUUCUACCUGCUGCUAGAAAAGUUUGCUGCAAAAAUCCAUCUUACACAUCUUUUCUAUAUGCAACAGGUGGAGGUAAAUCUUCUCAUAGAAGAAACCACAAUUCUGAGAUCAGAUCUCGUAUAUGACUGAGGACAAAGUCUGAAUCCUGCAGUAGACAUGGGACAGAUUGAAGGAGCUUUUGUUCAGGGAAUAUGGUUCUUCAUGUUGGAAGAGUACAAGACUAACUCGGACGGUUUAGUCACAGCAGACAGCACCUGGAGAUACAAGGUUCCAACCAUAGACAACAUCCCAAAACAGUUCAACGUUGAAAUCCUCAGCAGUGGACAUCACCAGAACCGAGUUCUGUCAUCAAAAGGAAUACCCAGCUCUGUGACGGUAGGAUUAGAAGAGCACAGUUCUGUACCGUUCUGUGAAGCUGGAACAGAAGAGGACCAUGGAAAGCCAGGGGACAAGAACAAGAUGAAGCAUGUUAUGGACAGCGGGAUAAUGACAAGAUCAAAGGAGCUGGAGAAGGAUGUAUCUCCGGUAAAGAAAGCUAGAACUGAAGUCAGUGUGAUCCCUCCAUCGACGCCGGGAUCAAAUAUGAUUGUUCUUGACGGUGAAUCGAGGGAGAUGGUAAUGCUUUAGUCUGGAAAUGUCGUACCAGAUUUUCUACAGUGCAAUUCACCGAAAAGGUAUUUUUAUCCACCCCACUAAUAUUUUUCUGUCUUAAAAUGGAAUCAGUGGUUAUAUUUUUAUCGAACCCACUAAUAUUCUUUCGUCUUCCAUUGCAGACAGAAACUAAGUUUAGGCUGCCUCACGCUGUCAACUACAGUGAGGAGGAAAUCAAACUUGCUCACUACAUAUUUGCAGCUGACCUUCCGUUAAAAGAGGUCCUAGUCGAUACCAUGAUGAAAUCCUAUACGCGAAAGGUGCUAUGGUCCCUCUGCCCUAACUCCAAUGUUGAUGCUGAUGUAAGUUUUAAUCCUGGCCUACUGUUACUAAUCAGGAUGUUGAAGGGUGUUUUAUAUCUUGUUGUUUGCACAUCAUUUGUUAAUGAGUAGAUGACGAUUUUAGGGAAAAUUGAUAAGGAUCAAGCGGUAGCCAGGAUCAUGUCCUUUCUACCCAGAAUUUGAGUCUGGUGGUUGUCGUUCUUUCUUUGGUGGUGCCUGUUUAUUUGACCUGCCUUUGGUUUGUUGUUUUUUUUUUCUCCUGUGUAUUUUUGCCCUUUUCCCUUUGUUUCUUUGAGGAGUGCACUGCUGGUGCAGCUUUGCUUCUAGUUUCCUCUCUGAUUUUGUUUUUGUAUCUGUACACUGUUCUUCUAUUUAAUUCCCUUUGUUUCUUUGAGGAGUGCACUGCCGGUGAUACGAAUUAUUGGCAAUUUUUUUAGUAAGGCAGCACUGCCACAUCUAGGGCCGAUCUGGAAGUAUUGGAGUUAAUGAUGCUUUCAUUGAUGCUAAGUACAUGGUAAUAAUUGGCUUAGUAACUA